AUGGCCGAGGCUCUGACCGUGAUAGAGGUCGCCGCGUUCAUCACCGAAGUCGUUGACCGUCUCUGCACCUACGUCUCUGCCGUGAGAUCCGCCAAAGAUGACAUCCGCAAACUCACCCAGGAGCUCUUUGCUCUCAAAGGAGCCAUGUACCAGGUUAAUCUUCAGACAAGAUCAGACUCAUUUGAGCCAUGGCAGACUCAGGUCCAAUCUGUCCUCGCCUUGACCAACGAGACCCUCGACGCCAUGCAAAAGAAGCUCGGAACUCCAAGCACUUCCAAAGUGGGCCAAGCCAUCCAGAGCCUGACUUGGCCCUUCAAGUCGGAUGAUGUCGAACACUAUCUGGCAACCAUUGAGCGCUCCAAAACCUGGUUCAUUAUGAUCCUGAUGCGCGACUCGGUCGACACCACCGCGACUGUCUUGACGGAGAUGCAGCGAUUGACAUCCAUGGUGCGCCAAGACAUCAUCGACAAGAAGACCCACCAAGAGCUCGAGGAAACUGCCGACUUGCUCAAGUGGUUGUCGCCCGUCAACAGCAAAGACAAACUGCGUGACUCUGCUGCUGACCGAGUGCCGGGGAGCGGGCAAUGGAUCCAUGCCGGCCGGUUCUCGGCAUGGGAGGAGGGCGGUCCGACCAACUGGCCUGUGUUUUGGAUUGCCGGCCGGUCGGGUUCGGGUAAAACGGUUCUUUUUUCUCACCUGGUCGAGAAGCUUCAAGAGCGGAUCGACUCCGAUGCCUUGAACGCAACCAGCAAAGUUGGUAUGGGGUUUCACUGUUGCUCGCUGGAUGAUACUGCGUCUCAAGCGAUACCGAAUGUGUUUGGGUCCAUCUUGGCUCAGAUCGGAGCCGCGAGACCAGAAAUCCUCGAUCAUGUUCGGCCGCUCAGACAGUCGGGUAACACUUUGAUACCCCAGAACAACCUGUCCAUCACCCAGAUCCAUGAGGUCAUGGACCAGGCAUUGGGGCUGUUCGACAUUUUCUACCUCACAAUUGACGCCUUGAACGAGACCAGUCACGAGGCCCUCAUCAUCCAGAUCUUGCUUGAUCUCUGCGAGAAACAUGCCAAUCUCCGCGUCUUGGUUACUUGUACUCACGAGCCUAUUGAUGCAUCCCCCAAGAUAUAUCUUAGGCAAAUGAACAUUGAGUCCAUCCAUUCGGAUAUCGAGCUGUACGUGAAACAUAGGCUAUCAAACGAACGCAGCCUUCAAACCCUGAGGCCCGAAAUUCAAGAGGAGAUAAGGAUCAAGAUCGUAUCAGACGCUGAUGGGACGUUUCGAUGGGCAAAAGUCUGCAUGGACAGACUGAGUGUGCUUCGCACGCCACGGGAUGUGAAGCGAGCACUCCAAGACAUGCCCUCUACCCUCAGCGAGACCUACGCGGCAAUCUUGAACCGCAUCCCACAACGAGAUAAGGAAAUUGCCCGCGAGGCCCUUACCUGGCUGAGCUUUUCUCUGCGUCCUUUGGGCCUCGAGGAGCUUGCGGAAGCCGUCGUCGUCGAAGAAAACGACACCGACAUUGAUAACGACUGCCGGCUGAACGACCCGUCCAUCAUUCCACAGAUAUGUCAAGACCUGGUUCACGUUAGCAAAAAGACCGUCACUCUCGCUCACGACUCAAUACGAACUUGCUUGCAAUCGGACUGGAUUCGUACAUCCGACGCUUCAGACUUUGCGCUCGACACCACGGAGGGCCACCGCAAAAUGAUGCGCAAGUGCCUUGCAUACCUUAACUUCAACCCGUUCGCUUCAGGCCCAACAAACAAACAGAGGCAGAUGGACAGUCGCUUCACCAAAUACCCUCUUCUCGACUACGCAGCGACCAUGUGGCCAAUACACUCGGAACGAUUUGCAAUGGCUGAAGCCGACGAGCGCCUUAUCCUCGACUUUUUCGAGACAAAGAAACACUCAAAUGGCGGCCCGUUCGAAUCCUGGGUGCAGUACAUCAUGCAGACAACCAACCUGAACGCUAUCCGCAAUACAGAGCCCCUGUACUACGCUGUUUCAUACGGCAUGACAUCAAUCCUCAAGCUCCUUCUCAAACCAGAGCACAAUGUCGAUGUCAACAAGAAAGGCGGACGGUUCUACUCGCCACCGCUCUUCGUUGCCGUCUGGAAGGGCAACGUCGAAGACGCCAAGUUGCUGUUGAGAGCAGGUGCAAACCCGGAUGCCUACGACACGGUUGGGCAAACCAGCCGCCGUCUGGCCGUGUCUCGGGACAUGGACGAGUUGGUAGAGCUCAUCGAUGAGCUGUGGCCAGACAAGGUAUGGCAUACCGUUGCGCUCAAGGCUGAACGGCGCAAAAAGUCUGAAAGGUGGGAGCGCUUUAAGCAAGACUCGGCCAGGCGUCGGAUGGAAUCUCAGCAGCUUAGGAUCGAGUGGGUGGAGUCAUGA